UACAGCAGUCGACGGGGCGUGAAGGAAUCUAAAUCUCGAGUAUUUCAAGUUUGUCCUGAAAAUAUAGACUGCAAGAUGCCCCCUAAAAUGGCAAGGCCAUUGACGGGAAAAGAACGGCAAAAGAAGUGGCGUGAAAGACAGAAGGCCAACCUCGAAUCCCAUCAGAGGUACUUGCAGGCAGAAAGUGAACGUUAUACACGAAGGAUAGCAGAAGGAAAACGUAAACGUGUUGCUGACAUGACGGAACGUGAACUCCGAAAGCAGAGAAGAAAAUGGAAGCGUGACUUGAAAGCUUGGCGUCAGAGGCAGAAGACAAGCAUUGCUGCAAUUAUGACUCCACCUCAAAGUCCGCAUCCUGAUGCUGCUGCUGCUGAGCCACAACCCGGUCCGAGUAGGGAACAACCAGGUCCUAGUGUUAUGAAGACGAGUGGUCGAAAAAAGAUUCGUCGCGACAGGGCAAAAGCCUACCGAACCAUUGAAAAACUAACCGUCAAAUUGCAACAUGAACAGUUAAGAUGCAAGAGGGUGCAGAAACGCUAUGAAAGGGCAUGCGCAAAAUUGUCAAAAGAUCCAGCAACACCCAGGUCUGAAUCAAAGAAACUCUUGCAAUCAGGCAAUCUGAAAUCGGUUCAGAGAGAUUUGACGUUUUCAUUUGCUCUAGCUAGAGGUAUUAAGGAACGAUACAGAGAGCUUAGCAACCAACGUGAGAAACAACUGGUUCGCAGGAUCUUUCUUAGUGCCUUCCUGAAAAAAUAUCAUAUGGCAAAACACUUUUCAAACAAGCUUGGUAUAAGCAGAACACUUGCGCUUAAAGAUGUAGCAUCAAUGGCGAGGAAACGCCGGCGAGACCGCCACUCUGACGAAAUUGUGAAUGCAAUUCGAGAAUUGUUAUUGCGGGAUGACAACAGCAUGAUGAGGCCAGGUAAAAAGGACAAAACACGCAGGAGAAGAAUGAAAUGCAAAAACGUUUCCUUUUGGACUCCAUGCUGA